UAAGAAUAGAUAAGAAAGAAAAUAUUCGUUAAUACAGUGCACCAUUAAUGCAAACAUAUUUUAAUUAUGUUGUCGCACAAUAAAUUUAAAAUUGAAAAGUGUUUACUGACCACCCUAUAUUCGGCAGAAAUCAUAUGUCAGCAUCGUCUUGCGUGGGGUAUGGCAAGUUCAUGUUUUAGUAAUGUGGAUGAAUAUGGCUUUGAAAGACCUCAAGAUUUUGACUAUGAAACUUAUGAAGAUUUUAUCUCAGAAUACCUCAAAGUACUUGCAAAAAGAGCAAAAAAGUGGUCUGAAAUAAUUGGAGAAGGAAAAUCAUUACAACGUAAUAUUACAAUAAAGAGAUAUGUUCGUAAAGGUAUACCAGGAGAACAUAGAGGAUUAGUAUGGCUUUCUGUCAGUGGAGGAGAAGAAUUAAAAAAUGCAGACCCUGAUCUUUAUCAGAAGCUACUACAACCUCCACAUAAUAAACAAGUUGCAGAUGUUAUUAAAACUGAUUUACCAAGAACUUUUCCUGAUAAUAUAUUUUUUAAUAAUACAGAAAAUCAACAGUAUCAAUUAUAUAACAUUCUAUUAGCAUUUGCUCAUCAGAAUAAAACAGUAGGAUAUUGUCAAGGCUUGAAUUAUAUAGCAGGAUUACUAUUGCUUGUUACAAAAAGCGAAGAAACAGCCUUUUGGUUGUUAAAAGUCCUAAUAGAAAAAAUUUUACCUGAUUAUUAUACUCCAACAAUGGAUGGCCUCCUUACAGAUAUCGAUGUGCUUGCAGAAUUAGUCAAAAUAAAAAUGCCAGAUAUUUACCAACAUGUAACGAAUAUAGGCUUACCUUGGCCAGUCAUUACAACGAAGUGGUUUGUGUGCUUAUUUGCAGAAGUAUUACCAAUUGAGACUACGCUGCGUAUAUGGGAUUGCCUUUUUUAUGAAGGCAGUAAAAUUAUAUUUCGGGUUGCAUUAACUCUCAUAAAAAGGAACAAAUGCAACUUGCUUGCUUGUCAAGAUUUUACAACAUUAGCAGAAUGCUUUAAAGAAAUAACAAAAGACAGUAUUGUUUUAAAAUGUCAUGACUUUAUGCAGAGUAUAUUUAAAGUACCUGGAUCACUGCCUGGUAGCACAAUUAUUAAACUAAGAACAAAAAUAUCACGACAACGUUUGGAACAACAAAAGGAGAAUAAAUUAGGACGAUAGUACUAGUAACAAGACUUUACCUACUGAAAGAUUCUAGUCAAUAUAUUAUUUUAUUGUAAUUCCGAAAAAACGAAUGUACGGUAUAAGAUUAUUAAUAAUGUUGCAUCUACAGUAUUCCUGUAAAUAUAAAAGCAAAGGAUAGCAUACCAGUAAUCUUAUUACAUUGAUUUAGAUUAAUUUAUAAGAUUCUUUAUACAUUUUUUAUUUAUAAAUACAAAGAAAACGGAAUACUAAUUUUAUAAAAUUGUAAUAUAUUAAUUGUAUGAAGAUCACGUGUUAAAUACUUUUAUCAAUAUAAUUUUUAGUUCAAUCAGCAUCAAAAUUAGAAAUGAACCAUUAUUAUGUAUAAAUAAUUUUAUUAUAAGUUAAAUAAAAUACUUAUUCAAAUUACAGUCACGGGGCUAGA